AGCGCACACAGCAGCUCUGGUGCCUUCAAGCUUUAUUCCUAUGUAUAACUGUUCUCAUGUGCCUCGUCCUAAUAAGUGAACCCACAACAUGUUUACCCAAUCCAUUAUGAGCAAUUGGUGCCUUGUAUCUUGUACACGGAGACCUGACAUAAGUGGAGGAUGGUGUCUUCAGUCAGUGUUGAGGAAGGGGGUCGGCAGGUUCACCAGCACCUGCCUGUGAGCAGUGAUUCCUGUCACCACAAGGAUGGCCCAAUUGGGAACGGAUGCCCAAAGGCGAUAAACCCGGAGAGGCUCAAGGACUUUGGGGAGGAUGAGUACCUGGAAAAAGACGUCAAGAUUUGGGAAGUGACGGUUACGGGCCACUCGGAAACACGGCUCAGCAAUGCCCUGAACGUGACGGAGUACAAGACAAACAAGACCCCUGAAACCGGCAGCGAUCAAGUCCGAUUUGAGGACAUUAGUGCAGCUGCCUUUAAAAUCCAGAAUGGAUUGCAGAAAACUCCCUGCACGUAUUCCAGGCUCUCUAAGCAAUACGGGAUGGAUCUUUACUUGAAGAAGGAAUACCUGCAUUACACUGGCAGUGUGAAAGAGCGAGGAGUGUGGUACUUGUUGACAUCACUAUCACAGGAACAGCAGAGAAAGGGCGUGAUCUUGGCAUCUGACAACAACUUCUCCAAGGCCACGGCUCACCAUGCCACAGAGCUCCACAUCCCCAUCUUUAUUAUCGUGCCUACCAACACCUUGCCAGGCAAGGUGAAAACAUGCCGCGAGUAUGGAGCUAUGGUGAUUACCUACGGAAAUAGCGUGCAGGAUUCCCAGAGCCAUGCAAGAAAACUGGCCAGUGAGAACGGUUACCUCUAUCUGCAGGAGGAGGACAGUGCACCUUACCUGGCAGGAUUGGGGACCAUGGGCCUCGAGCUUUACGAGCAGGUAAACAAGCUGGACGCUGUGAUCCUGCCAGCAGGAGGAGAGUGCAAUCUCUUGGCAGGGGCUGCCGCCCCCAUCAAACAUCUCAAUCCGGGCAUUACUAUUAUUGGUGUGGAGCCUGAGAGUUAUCCAACACUGCAACAAUCCCUCAAGGUGGGCCAACCAAUAGCCGACUCAGCCUACACCAACCACAGGUUAUACAGAGAAUUGGUCAACCCUUCUUUUGGCAGUAAUGCCUUUCAGAUGACAAAGAAACUAAUAGAUAAGGUCGUUACUGUUAAGGAGGAGGACAUCCUACUCGCCAUCCUUCGCCUCAUGGAGUACGAGAGGGCUACAGUGGAUGCCGAGGGAGCUAUAGGCUUUGCUGCUGUGGUUGCUGGGAAACUACCAGAACUCAAAGGCAAACGAGUGGUCAUUGCUCUGUGCAGCGGUAAUAUGGACGUCCCCCUGACUCGUCAGUGCCUGGACAGGGCCUUGGUCCUGGACAACAAGCUGUGUAAGUUCUCGCUCCAUCUGGCCGACUGUGCUGGAGAUAUCGCAAAACUGCUCGAGAUACUUGCUCGUGAAGAAGCACGAGUGUUGGAUAUUACUCAGGAACGGGCAUUUGUCACUUCGGAUAUCUUCAGUGUUAAGGUUACCUGUGUGAUCGAGGUCCGAGAUAGGAUGCAAGCUCUACACUUGCAGAGGACCCUGAGCGAGCGCUAUGCCACAUGCACCUGGCUGGAACAAUAAGAAGGCUGGAGCAGAGAAAGAAAAAUGGGUUUCACUGGAAGAACUCAACAGGCGUAGAACAUCAUAUUUUGAAGUAGCUUAGGCAGCAGGUGUAUGGCUCUCAUGUGGCCAGUCACCCGUGGUGAGUUAUUCAAGGUGGGGCCAUUAAGCCAGUCAUAAUGGGUUUCACUCCACUAAGUCCUAAAAUUCAGGUUGAUGCUCCAGCACAUUACUGAGGGAGUGCCACACAG